CUGUGCAGUGUAAUAAAAAGUGUUUCCUUUGCUUGGUGUCAGGUUGGAGAGCUUACUGCAUCCCUGCAAAGCUCACUGCAGCAGGUGUCCACUGUCAAUAAGAAGCUAUCAUUGAAAGAAGAAGACAUCGAAACGCUUCAGAGUGAGGUGCAGUGCCGGCAGGCCUCCCUGGAGCAGCUGCAGGCGGAGGUGGAGCAGCAGCGAGUGCAGUUGGCGCAGGUGGAGCUGGACAAAGACUCCCAGCUCAGCAGCCUGAGGGAGGAGCUGCUCAGCCAGACUCAGCAGCUCGAUACCUGCCAAGCUCGGAUCUCGUUCUUGGAGGUGGAGGUGGAAACGUUGACCGAGCAGCUCCAUAGCCCUGAGGUGUGUGAGGAGGAUCAGAACGGCAGUGUGACGGUGGAUGACCUAGAUCACAUCCACAAGGUCAACAGAGACCUGGAGCAGCAGCUCACUGAGAAGAACAGGACCAUCAAGCAGCUGCAGCAGAGACUGGCAGAACUGAAGAGGACGCUGCAGAAGGAACUGGUGAGAUACACUGACGAUCUUCUUAGGUUCACUGUUUCCUUUUCACAAUAUGUCUGCAAACUGUGAACACGUCUUGAUAAG